CAAGCAGGAAACUCAGCUCCGGGUUGAGCUCAGAUGUUCUCAUUGAGAAAGUAUCUCAGAGAUGGCUUGCCAACCAAGAGAGAAAAGAGAGAUUUACAGACUUUCCUGAAGGCACGCAACAAGUGGAGAGAGAUCCCUCCUCCCAAAUUCAUUUUGAGUAUAUAGGGAAGCCUGCAAACAACCUUCAAUCUGUGUAUUUUAAUUCACCAAGUGCAGCUUGCUUACUUUCUCCCUCCCUCUUGCUGUUAACCAGCAGCUCUAACUGGUUAUGGAUUUGAAAAUCAAAUGGGAUUAAGAAGAAGAAGAAGAUGCAGAAUGACAUCGAACUUCUGGAGAGAACAGCUAUGAAUACAUGCAAAUGUCAGGUGGCCAAACUCAAGGUAAAAUCUGUCCAUCAUCCCAAGAUGAUUUAGACAAAAAUUAAUGCAUAUGUGCUCAGAUUAAUUUUAUUGCCAAGGAAAUUGUAACAGUGGAAAAAGGCAAUGGAACCAGCAAAUCUGACCUCUCAGAGCCUUCUUUCUGCAAUUCAGAGCAACACCAGCAACGUCUUCCUGGGGCUCCAGCUUGUCCAGUUCUUCAAGCCUCUCAUUAUUCCUUGCUACUCUCUGGUGGUCUUUGUUGGCGUCAUUGGGAAUUAUCUCCUUAUUUAUGUUAUCUGCAAGACUAAAAAAAUGCACAAUGUCACCAAUUUCCUUGUGGGCAACUUGGCAUUCUCAGACAUGCUAAUGUGUGCCACAUGUGUGCCCCUGACAUUGGCAUAUGCCUUUGAACCCAGAGGGUGGAUCUACGGACGCUUCAUGUGUUACUUUGUGUUCCUGAUGCAGCCGGUCACUGUAUUUGUGUCUGUUUUCACCCUGACUGUCAUUGCUGUAGACAGGUACUUCGCCAUGGUUUAUCCCCUUCAGAGGAGACUGACAAUAUCCAUCUGUGUGUAUAUCCUGGCUGCUAUUUGGCUGUUGAGUUGCAUACUAGCUGCCCCAGCCUUGGUCUGUACUUACCAUGCAGAAUUUCCAGAGCUGGACUUCUCCAUCUGUGAAGAAUUUUGGUUCCACAGGAAGAGGGAUCGCUUAGCUUAUGCCUACAGCACCCUCAUCUUCACCUAUGUUCUGCCCUUAACGGUCAUCUCUGUCUCCUACCUGAGGAUCUCAGUCAAGCUGAAAAACCGAAUCGUUCCUGGUAAUGUUACCCAGAGCCAAGCUGAGUGCGACCGAGCUAAGCGGAGGAAGACUUUUCGUCUGCUCGUCUUGGUGGUCACAGCCUUUGGAGUUUGCUGGCUGCCUCUGCAUCUCUUCAAUGUCAUCAAAGAUGUUGAGAUCAGACUGAUAGACAAGCAAUACUUCAACCUUAUUCAGCUGAUUUGCCAUUGGUUUGCAAUGAUGUCUGCUUGUACAAAUGCUUUCCUUUAUGCCUGGCUACACGAUCGGUUUAGGGGGGAGCUCAAGAAAAUGUUUGCUUGGAGGCAGAAAAAGAUAGCACCUGCCACAAACUGCAUUGCGGCUAGCAUGGCUUUGUAAGCGUGGGGUUCCUUCUCGUUUCUCUACCUUUUGCUAUGCUCUUUACCUGAUGCGAAAGUUUAAGCAAACCCAGAUGAUACGGCACAAAACAGUUCUUCUCUUAAACACGAAUCAAUUGUACCAAUAUAGCGCUAGGUUAUAGGCUUUCUUACUUAGCACAAUAUACUCAUCAUAACUGCUAUUUCAACAUUGUGGCUUAUUGCGGUAAAAUAUCACAUUUGUGUGUACAGGGGAAAAACAUAGGAGAAACAGAAUAUGAAUUUUGUGAGGGCUGGGGAAAAAAAGAGAGGAAUUGCAACGAGUAAGAAGGAAACCUGAAAAAAUACCCCAACUGCUGACUCCAUAUAAGCCAUGCCAUGUUACAGGAUGACUUAACUGGACUGCGAUGUGGGGGAGAUGGUGGUCUUAUGGGUACAUAUUUUGCAUGUAUAUAUCUAAGGAGAGGGUGGGUACAUUUCCAUAAAUGUGAAAAAAAAAACCAAUUAUAAAACAUUUAAGUGAAUGUUUUCACUUAAAUAUGUUUGAUGGGAGAAAUAUUUCUCCCAUCAUGAAUUUUAAAGAACCAUAGAUAUUGUUCUUAAAGCACAAAACCUCAUGUGUGUUUAGCUUCAUCAAGGUAGUUUUUCAAUCAGCUGCUCUAAGACAAAUUUAUUCUAAUGCAUAAGUGAGUGGACUCUUUUUUACCAGGUGCCUUAUUUUUAAAAUAUUCCUAAUUUUAUCUACUAAAGGCUGGGCUGGGAUGAGUGGGAUAGGAAUGAGCUGUGCCUGGAUGGAAACUAGGAGAUUUGAGGGAAAUUCCUUGGCUUGGAUUCAUUUAAUUGCAAGAGCUGUUGUCCUGACUUUGCUGUGUAACAUGUAGUCUUGUUGGGCCUAUGACAAUACCCUUCUGUAAAAUUCUUUGAAGCUUCCUAUAAAAAAAAGUCUCUGGCA